CAGCAUGUACUAACGCAACAAUGUUUUGAUUAUUUUCGAUAAGCAAUGAAUAACCCUUCCGAAAUUAUGUAAUGGAACAAAAAAAGAACGAAGUGUAAUAAAAUUAUGAUAAUUUAAAACAAAUAUAAUUUACUCAGUAUCCGCGAUGGAGCGAUUAUACGCAUUAGGCGUGUCCUGUAUUGAAUUUGUUCAAGAUUGGUUUGAAGGUUCUGAGGGUUACUUUAAACUAGUCAACCAUGUCUCAAAUCCACAUCAUAUGACCGAGAUACUAUUCCCGCUGCUCUCAAUCGUGGACUCUGUGUUUGCUGCUCAACUAUUGCUCUGCAUGGCCUUCGGUGGUUGGCUGAAUGCUGUUAUGAAAUGGUGGCUUCUAGAAGACCGACCCUAUUGGUGGGUGAGGGAGACUUCGUUCUAUGAUGGUAUCCACCGUCCAAGACUGCGACAAUACCCACAGACUUGUGAAACGGGUCCGGGCAGCCCCUCAGGACACACAGCGACCGCUAGUGCUCUGCUUGUACUCUUCUUAAUGUGGGCAGAACAUUUCAUGAAUGACAGAAAGUUCCGCCUCUGGUGGUGGAAAUACGUCGGCUACACGGUGUUCGUGGUGGGUCUUGGGUCCGUGAUGCUGGCCAGGAUGUACGUGGCCACCCAUUUCCCGCACCAGUGUAUUCUCGGGGCGCUGAUUGGUUCGUUCAUGGCCCCGGCCCUCUGUCUGUACGUGUCGGACCCCUGCAUCUGGCAGUGGGGGGGGCGCGCGGGGACCGAGGGGGGCGCGCUGAUCCGCCGCCACGCGCUCGCCGCCGGCAUCGCCACUGUCAUUGCCGUCCUCACCUACUACGGCCUAGUGGCGUGCGGAUGCGAUCCCCAGUACACCAUCAAACUGGCUUUCCGUUGGUGUGAGACUCCUGAAGAUAUCCACGUUUCCACCACCCCGCUGUAUGCCCUGGUCGAAUCGACAGCUUACCUCCUCGGCUGGGCGCUGACCGUGACGCCGGCCGUCGCAAGGUAUCGACACAACUCUAAAGACAGAUCGAUACUAAUAUCGAUAUUCGCGACAUCCCUAGUCCUCUACGGCUAUAAGCACGUGAAAGACAACAUAUGCACGUCGAAUACUCUCCAGUAUUACGCUGUGCAUUACGCGCUGUGCUUCUUUAAGCCCAUGCUGUUGCUCAGAGCGGUCCCGGCGAUCGCCAUGUGGCCAUUUACGAAAAGCAAAAACGAUUGAGUGAAGAGAUUGAGUUUUCAUAUCGACUCUUGAAAGGCAAACUAGGUGACUAAGCGACAAUAACUGCUUGGUACAUAAAUGAUAGGCAAUAACCGUAUUCGAUGCCCAAAAAAAUAUA